AUGCUAAGCAGUAGGCUACAUAGAGUCAUUGCUGCUAGUAGUAGCAAUGGUGUCAACAGAUCAAUGUUCUCAUGCGCCCCGCGCCUUCAUCAAUUAUAUAUACUACCACAACAACAGCAACAUUCAAGGCUAACACAACAACAACAACAACAACAAAGACAAUACUGUACAAAGAACAACAACAAUGAUAACAAUAAUAAUAAUAAUACAAAGAAGAAGAAUAAGGAGGAAGAUAAAGAUGAUGAAGAGAUUGAGGACGACAAGUUGGCAAAGAACUUUGACCCAACAUCUUAUGAUAAGAUGUUCACUCAGUAUAAGGAGAAUACAACGGGUCUAGAGUCGCAGUUGAGGGAGCAGCUAGAGUUGAUGAGAACGGCACGAGAGCGACACGAGAGGAACAAGCAGAGUAGAUGGCGCAUGAUGCUCAACAGACACGGCGACCUGGCCUGGGUCAUUCUGGGCCUGGCCACAUUCGGCAUGAUGUUCAAGUCGUUCGCCAACAAGAAGCAGCACAAAUCCCUGAUGGACCAGGUGUCUGUGCAUCAACAAGGCACCAAACAAGAGAUUGAUCAAUUGGACCAACUAUUCGAUGCGCUCGAGCAGAGGACCCCGGAGCAGCGACAACAACUGGCACAGCUACUGGGUGUCAGUGGCGGUGUUGCUGGCUCCGUCCAGCAACAGAAACAACUGACCGAUAUACUUAAUAAACAAUGA